UUCUUCUAUCCUCCACAAUAAAAUAUAAACCCCCUUAUCUCUCCCCUCUCUCUCUCUCUCUUUCUCCUCUCUCUCUCUCUCUCUCUCGUUAAUGGAGAUCAAACCUGAGACUGAAUCCUCUUCUUCAAUGGAGGGCCCAGAAACUACAGCAACGUACACGCUUCAUCACUUAACGGCUCCCUCCGGGUUAACUCAGGACGAGUUCGAGGGGUUGAAAGGACAGGUGGUCGAGUUCCACACGUACCAACUCAGCCAAAACCAAUCCUCCUCUCUGCUAGCACAGCGCAUAAACGCCCCGGACGACGUCGUUUGGUCGCUCGUGAGGCGAUUCGACAAGCCCCAGACGUACAAACACUUCAUCAAAAGCUGUUUCGUGGCGGACAAUUUCCAAAUGACAGUAGGGUCCACCAGGGACGUCAACGUCAUAUCGGGGCUACCGGCGGAGACCAGCACGGAGAGGCUUGACAUUCUGGACGACGAGAGGCGGGUAACGGGGUUUAGUAUUAUCGGAGGUGAACAUAGGUUGAGGAAUUACAGGUCGGUCACAACGGUGCAUGGUUUCCACCGUGACGGCAGGAUCUGGGCAGUUGUUUUAGAAUCAUACGUCGUUGAUGUGCCCGACGGGAACACCGUGGAGGACACGCGUCUCUUCGCAGAUACGGUGGUGAAGUUAAACUUGCAGAAGCUGGCUUCAGUCGCUGAAGGGCUGACACGGGAGGGUCAGGUGAUAUGAAACAAAAGCAAAAGAAAAAGAAAGAAAAAAACAACAAAAAAUAAGCUGUUUUUUUUUCCUUCUAAUUUUAUUUUCGGUUCUGUGAGUAUUUUUUUCUUUUUUUUUUAAUUUUUUUAUUGCUGUUGUGAAUCACCGGAAAUAUCUUUCUUGUCAAUAGUUUUGACUGAUCUGCCAAGAAUCCGAUUGCACUAAAUGGGGCUUUCAUUUCCUA